AUGAAUCUAAAUAACGCUCAAAAAGAUGUGAAUCUAGAAACUGGUGAAGAAAUUAAGCGUAAUGAGUAUCGCAAAAUGAGCACGUAUGACUUCGUGCGGCGUGAUAUUGAGAAAUAUUUCGCACAUCCGGAAGAAGCGCUCGUAGCUCCUGAAUUAGCCCAACCUCAGCUGCCUAAACCACCACCUGAAUUCGUUCGAAAUGUAUGGGGCUCUGCCGCUGGAGUGGGCAGUGGGGACUUUCACAUUUAUAGAGGAAUUAGACGAAGAGAAUAUACUCGUUUAGAAAUGAUUGAAAAAACUGCGGAAGAGGAACGUUUAGAUAGAGAGUUCCAAAUGAAGCAAAAAGCAUUAAAUGAUCUAGCUGCUGAAAAAACUGCUAGAAAGCGUGCUAAGCGUCAAAUGAAGAAAGCAAAACGAUUAAAUAAAAGAAAACUGAAAUCAAAAUCAAAAUCUGGUGAAGAUAGCGAUUACUCAGAUGAACAGUUAGAAAAUUCUGCACAAACUGGAAGUAGUGAAUUUAAUAAGAUUUAAUGGUCGAUUUAUAAAUUUCACAUUAUUGCUCUUUCUAACUCAUCCAUUACAUUUGUACGUAAUACGUCUCCCCUUAUUUCUGACAAGAUUUAUUCAUG